AUGAGACGUCUGUACAUUGGUGGUCUGAGCCACAAUAUUUCCCAGAAGGACCUCAAGGAUAGGUUUGGGAAAUUUGGUCAAGUGUCAGAUGUGGAGAUUGUAACAAGGAAGGACGGAGAUGGCGUACCUGUUAAAACGUUUGGUUACAUCAACAUAGACAUUUCCGAUGGGGAUUACAAAAGAUGUUUGUCUGUUUUGAAUAAAUCCAAAUGGAAGGGUGGAACAUUACAAAUCGAGCUUGCUAAGGAGAGCUUUUUGCAUAGACUUGCUGAAGAACGACAGCAAGUAUGUGAGAAGUCUCAGGCCCCAAGAGUUGACCCCAAAGAGGAGAUUGUAGAGUCAUUUAAGAAAGCUGGUGUGGAGAAUUUCCAUAUGAAGGCUGCUGUCCCGGGGACAGAGGUUCCGGGCCAUAAGGAUUGGGUUGUGAGUAAAUUUGGGCGUGUUCUCCCAGUCCUUCAACUGAAAUGUCAAGGCAAGAACAAAAUUUUUAAGUAUGAUCCAUCAAAGCAUUGUCACAAUAUUAAGAAACUUGAGAAUGCAGAGGACAGCACAGACUUCACCCCAGUCUCCAAACUUACAUGGGAAAUUUUGGGUGGUGAUGAUGAAAUCAGUAAAAAGAGAAGAGGAGAAUUCCCACAAAGGAAAGUUUGCCCCAAAAAGUUCAAGAAGGAUUCAUCUAAUGUGCUCCCAACCCAUCUCUCUGACCACAUUGAAGAUGUCAGAAGUUCUGUAAACAUUGAGAAUGCCAUAGUAAGCAAAAACAGGACAGAAAGUGGACUCAUACUUAACGAUAAACAAAGCUCUGUUGUUCGCAUGUCACAAAAAGCUGUGUGUGUUUUCGACAGCGAUGCUGACUCAGAUGAUGAAAUUAGGAUGUUAGUCGCAACUGAAUCAGUGCAAAACACAACAGGUUUACCUGCAGAGGAAGAUGACACAUUGGAAGUGGUCGGGAAUGACUUUACUGUGAAAUCUAACAUAACCUGGGGUCAGAGAGACAGUGGCAGUGGGAUGGGUGGAUUUACUCUUAGAACUUCAAAGGAUGAUGAGGAGUACGACUCUGCAGACACCGAUGAAAUCCUUACACAGAGCAAAACAACAAAUGGACCAAAGGACCCACAUAUGACUGAACCGGACACAAAAAAUCAAAACUCCAUCAUAAAAUCUGACGAAAACAAAGUGAACGUUGAAGGCAAGACGGCUGACAAGAGUACAUCAAAGCCUCUCCCUGUUCCCUCAGAUUCUGAGAGUAUUGAUGAGGAGUCUAGCAGCAGUGUGGAGUCUGAUUAUGAAGACAUUAUGACAAACUGCUAUAGAAUAGAACUUUCUUUGACAGAUCUUGAGCAGCUUGCCAAAAAUUGUGUUGCUUCCUCAGAUGAUGAAAAUAGUGACAUUGUGGAUUCUGACCCACAAACUGGACCAAGUAGAGUGUCUAACUCAUCAUCUGAGUCAAAAAUGAAGACCCCUUGCAAAGCGCCACAAAAAAGUGGCAAUAACCCAGAUGACAUUUUAGCUUCUCUUUUAGGUGACAGCAGCGAUGAAGAGAAUGAUGGUGGAAAAAAAGGAAAGAAGAAAGAAAGGCUGAAGAAGGGUAAAACCUCAUCUCUGCCUGCUUUUGUGGGCACUAAGGACCUUUUUAAAACUCGGCAUUCUGCUGAGUCAGAUUUUUCUCUAAAAAGGCAGGAUGAAAGAGAAAAUUGUCAAUCUACAGACGAUGCCAAGAGCCAAAAACAAGACUCAAAAAUAUUAACCCACAGAGAAGUAAAAGAUGAGGGUAAAGAUACACAAUCCUGUGACCCACAGCUGAAGGACUCGAGCUCUUCACUAUUACCAGUUGACAGAGGAGAUGAAGAGAUGGAUGAAGAAUGUGAUAAUGUUUUAUGCAAUGAUGGGGAGUCAACAGAUGAUCUAAAACAGUUAUCAUCCACUGUAGAAAAAUCAGAGAACAGUGUACCAAAAACUGAUUCCUCGCAGAAAAGUGAUACAUCAAGUGAUGAUUCAGGGAGCAGUGAGGAUGAGGUGAAACAGAAAGCCAGGGCCAUGUCCAGAGAAGGUGCUGUGUCUGAGAAAAGCACACAGGGAAAGAUCAUAAAUGUUUCCAAAGCUGAUUCAUUAUCGUGUAACAAUGAGGUGAUCGAGACGAAGGAAAACGACAAGGCAGCCACGCCUAAAGACUCUGGACACACCGAGCAAGCACAUAAAAUUCCAAAAUGUGGCCCUACAGCUGAUUCUUUGUGUAGUAGUAGCUCAGCCACUAAAGAUUCAGUUGUCACUGAAGAGAGUGUGGUGGAAAGCAAUGUAAAAGCUGCAUCCGAGGGGUCCGACGACAGUCAGAUAAGUGAGAAUACGGCGUUAGUGCGACGGCCUCCUCAACGGACUGCUGUCUCAGAUGCACAGAAGCAACAGCAGGACAACCAGAGACGCCUGGCUGCCCUGGAGCAGAGACAGAAGGAGGCUGAACAGCAGAAGAAGCUUAUUCAGGGGGCCCUUGCUGGUGUGGAUACACCAAGUUCGAGUAAAAGCAAACAUAUCGUGUUUGAUUCUGAUGAUGAAAGUGACGACAAAGAAGAGGAUUCUGCCAUUCUCGCUACCCAGAAAAAAGACCUUUUUCAAGAAGAUCCGGAGUCUGAUAGGGAAAUGGAAACAGAAAACACGGAAAGACAAGAACUCAAAGAAAAGACUAGGGGAAACAAACUGUUUGAUAGCAGCGAUGAAGAAGAAGAAGAUGAUGAUAAUGAUGAUGAAGAACGGUUCCAGAUAAAGCCUCAGUUUGAAGGAAAAGCUGGACAGAAGCUAAUGGAACUGCAGUCACGAUUUGGAACGGAUGAGAGAUUCCAGAUGGACUCCAGAUUUCUUGACAGUGACAAUGAGUGUGAAGUGCAAGAUGACAAGCCCUCAGAAAGAACUGCAGAGGAAGAGCUCAUAGAAGAGAAAAGGAAAAAUCUAGAUAUCUUACAGAGUGUUCUAAACAUCGAUAUACAACCAAGUGACGGCAGUAAAGGAUCCGCAAAAAACAAGAUGUUCAGAGAUAUUUCAGCCUUGCACUAUGACCCAACUCGUGAAGAGCAUGCAGCUUUUGAAACAAAGAAAGAAGAGCCAAAGAAGGAAAGCAAAGCUGCAAGGCGAAAGAAACGAGAAGAAGCAGAAAAACUCCCUGAGGUGUCUAAGGACAUUUACUAUGAUGUGGCUGUGAACCUGAAAGAGGUGUUUGGAACAGCAAAAGAAAACAAAGAAGAGACGGUCAUUAACUGGGAUAAAGAGGAGGAAAAAGAGGAUGAGGUCGAAACAACAGAUGAAAACAAAGACAUCCAGUUGUCUUUCUCAUCUUCCGUUAACACAGAAAAACAAGAGUCAACAGGAUUCACGUUCUCUUUUUUGACUGAUGACACAGUGGGAGAGAGCACCCCCAAGACAGACGAAUACAAGAUUGAGACUCUGCGAGGAGCCAAAAUAUCUUGGCAGGUGGAUCCACGUUUCCAGGACAGUAGUUCAGAAGAGGAGGAGGAGGAGGAGGAGGAGGAGGAGAUGGAGGUGGAAGCCAACAACCAGACAGCUUCCACUAAUUCUACUGUUGAACCAGAAUCGACAAAGAAGAAGCUCUUCUUUUUCUACCAAGACGAUGAGCGGUUAAAAGAGGGGCCUAAAAUGUUCUGUAGAUCUACAAAAUUGGAGGACCAGAGGGAAGAGUGGGAAGGAAAGAGAACAUCACUCAUUGAGGAGUAUCGGAAGAAGCACAAAGACGCAAAAAAAAGGCUGAAGGCAUCUCACCGCAGCUGAAUACAUAUGUCACUUAUGGUGCCAUAUUAGCGCAUUCUUAUGUGUGAAAAGUCAUGAGUUUACCAUGUAAAUGAACAAGCUCCCCAUGUCCACCACUAGAGGGCAUAAAUGUUUUGAAAUGGUGUGUGCACUGCCACUGAGCAGUAUGGAUCAUUUCCAAAUUUUGGUUUUCUGUAUAUAUUUUCAA